ACUAUCCAUGCAAGAGCCAACAAACAUCAAUAUGAGUGGUCAUAAUAAUAACAUGAAGAAUGCUGUGAUAGCACUGUUGGCUCCUCUUCCCUCCAUACUAUUCUAUAUCUCCUUCCUUCACCAAAUUAGCAGCGGUACUAGUAGUAGUAGUGAUACUUCAAGUGCUUGGCUUAUUUGGAGUUGGUGCUACGAUCACCCUUUCCUAUUGGCAAACCUCCUCUACUUUCUCAAUGUCAAUCUCCUCAUUUGGAUCAUUAGUCUUGUCCAGUCUAGCAACUGGUUGAUAGAUGUUUAUUGGACGGUGAUACCAGUGAUGUUAGUACAUUACUAUGCAACUCACCCUUUAGGAAAGUAUAACCCACGGAGGUCGAGGGCGGUGAUACUAAUGACAUGGGCAUGGGCUAUCAGACUCAGUCACAACUACUUCCGCCGUGAAAGGUGGCAAUUGGGUGCCAGGGAGGAUUGGAGAUUUACUGAUAUGCGUCUACAGUAUGGCAAAAAUUGGUGGUGGGUUUCUUUCUUCUCUGCCUACCUUUCUCAGCAGGUGUUUCUGAUUGGAGUGUGUCUACCCUUGUAUGUUAUCCACUCAGUUGACAAGCCACUGAAUUUUUGGGACUUGAUUGCUGUAGUUGUUUGCAUGACUGGUAUAGUUGUUGCCUAUCUUGCCGACACACAACUCUACAACUUCGUUUGUAGAAAUGAGAAACUAAAAGAACUUGACAAGCCCAUGGUUCCAAAUCAUGACAAGGGCCUUUGGCGGUACUCUCGACACCCCAACUACUUUGGGGAGCAGUUGUGGUGGUGGGGAUUGGUCAUCUUUGGAUGCAAUCUUGGAUGUGCUUGGACCUUUGUCGGACCGCUCUUUAAUAGCAUGUGCUUAGCAUAUGUCACCAUGCUUGUCGAGAGGCGGAUGCUGAAACAGGAUUAUAGAGCUGAAGCAUACAGGGUGUACCAGCAGACAACCUCGGUGUGGAUACCUUGGUUCAAGUUCAAGUCAUCCCCAACCCCAAAGGGAGGAAAAGAUAAGACCACUUGAAUCCGUAUUUCCCUGCUAUUUGGACGCUAGUCUAUUUGGCCAGAACUCUUACACGUCAUCACUAAGAGGUCAAGGUUCAACUCCUUUGUCCCUGGACUAUGGCAUCCAAUGUGAAAAAAAAAAUUUAAUAAUUACAUGUACCUCUCUUAUGCUUUAUCUUUAAAACUUCACAUUUGUGUUUGCACUCUGUAGUUACUUUGGCAGAAGAAUGAAUGGUGUUGGAGUAUGAGGAGUAAUUUGUUAUAUGAAAUUGUAUAAAGCAUUUGUGCAUUUAGUAAACAAGUUCCUUUCUUAUCUAAAA